AUGACUUUAACGCUAACGACCUGUUUGCUAUUUCUCUUUCCUCUUCUCAUCUCAGCCCAUCCAACUUCACGAGCAACGACCGUAACGAGCACCUCUAAAGCCGGACUAGCGGGUGGUGGAGACAUGGCUCAGUUCCAGAAGACAGGGAAGGUCUCGUGGUAUUAUACGUGGGGGCUUUCAUCUGGCGAAGACACCGACCUCGAGUUUGUCCCCAUGCUUUGGGGCCAAAAAGACGUCGCUGGCUGGACCGACCCAAACAAUGGCAUCAACGCGACUAUCGCGGCAAGAAAGCCGACAGCGAUACUGGGCAUGAAUGAACCGCAAGAAAAGGGCCAGUCGAAUCUGACACCUCAGCAAGGUGCUGAUAUGUGGAAAACGUAUCUGGAGCCAUUACGCGCUCAGGGAAUCAGAUUAGGCAGUCCAGCACCAUCGAGCGCACCGUCAGGAAAGACGUGGAUUCAAGAUUUCUUGACAGCCUGCGCUGGUGGUUGCACUGUCGACUUCAUUGCGUUGCACUGGUAUGACGUGAACGCCACACAUUUCAUCAACUACCUCAACGAUUUCCACUCGACGUUCAAUCUCCCGAUAUGGGUGACCGAAUGGGCAUGUCAGAACUUCAACAACGGACCGCAAUGCACCGCCCCAGACAUAGCCCUGUUGCUGAAUCAGACACAAGCCUUCAUGGAUUCGCAGGACUGGGUAGAGCGAUAUGCCUGGUAUGGUACUAUGCGAGUCGGAGACCUCAACAUUAAUUCACUCGAUGCGAUGCUGACCAACGAUGGCAAGCUCAAUGAUCUGGGCGAGCAGUAUAUUGGCGCAGAGGCACCAAAGACAAGUGGAGCCUCUCCGAUUGGUACUGGUACUGGCGGCGCUCGACCGACUGGUAGUGGCGGUGGUGGGCUGCCUGGGCUGCCGGGCAAUGCAGAUUCAUACUCUUCCAGCUGGUUGAAGACAUGCUUCGCGUUGGUUGCCGUGACUUUGUUUCAGUUGUUUUGA